CGAUUGUCAGACGGGCUGUGUCUGUGACAGUCGGUGAGAGUGAAAAGUCAGCACUGAAGUAACGAAAGAGAUACAACUCCUCCAGUAUUGUUAUCAUUAUAAAGUCGUUAUCUCGUGCCUCGUACGCGAGUAGGUGGAUAUUUCUCGUGCAUUGUCACACAAGAGAGUGGUAAAUUCGUUGUUAUAGUCGUCAGAUAGUUAUUAGUGAAUAAUGGCAGAUACAACAGUGGACGCAACAAGACGUUUGAAUGUCAAGAAACAGACGUUGGAUGAUGCAUACGCUGCACCAGCGAAUUUUCUCGAGAUCGACGUGAUCAAUCCGAUCACUCAUGGGGUCGGCAAAAAACGAUACACCGACUACGAGGUUCGCAUGAGGACUAAUCUGCCGGUGUUCAAGGUGAAGGAGUCGAGUGUCAGGAGAAGGUACAGCGACUUCGAGUGGCUGAGGAACGAACUGGAACGCGACAGUAAGAUCGUGGUGCCUCCUCUACCCAGCAAAGCUUGGAAACGACAGAUGCCUUUCAGAGGUGACGAUGGGAUUUUCGAGGAUGACUUCAUCGAGGACCGGAGAAAGGGACUGGAGAUAUUUGUUAACAAAAUUGCUGGACACCCCCUGGCCCAGAACGAGCGAUGUUUACACAUGUUCCUGCAGGAGCCCAUGAUAGACAAGAACUAUGUCCCCGGUAAAAUAAGAAAUACGUAGACUCACUCUGCCACUCGUAAAAUUAAUUCUUACCCCGUGGUUUUUCAAAGAGCAGUCUUUCAGAGUCAUAAAUCGCCUUCAUUAAUCCCCAAAUAUUCACGAAAACCGGAGAUUUAUCGAUGUUAUCGCAGUGUAUUUAUUUCUCUCAAACCGAUAAGAGGAUGAAAAAAAAAAUAGAAUCAACAUUCUCGGUUGUAGACAGGAGGAGCGAUUGAAAUGACUCGGGUGCUACUCGAAUUUAAAAAAAUCUGAGGAUCUGUGGAACUUUCGGCUCGUCGGUAAAAAAAAAUUUCAAUCUAUAAGCUAAAUAAAAAAUAAAUUGACAGGAUUCUGGUGGUGAUGAUGAUAAAGAAAUAACCAUGACAGAUUUUUUGAUAUUUACCAUAUACAUCAGGCGGGUGCAAAUGAUUUUUAAUUACUAGCUGUAUUUAUAUUAUGAAUAUAUUGUCUUCAACAUUGUGACUUGUUGAUAUCCACUCUGCACCAGCAGUUGAAGAUAAUUUUUAAUUAUUAAUUUGCAAUGAGAGCAGAACAGAAGAAGAACAUAAUGUUACAGUAUGAAAUCACGUAGAAUUAAGAAUAAUAUUGUAAUAUUAUUAUUAUAUCCAUGAUAUAUUAUAUAAUAAUUAUAUUAAUAAUAUUAUAUUAUCUUGUUGAACGAUUGAGAUGAAACUAUUUGUGCAGGAUGUGAUGAACACAGAGAAAAAAAAAAGAUUGUUGCCAAAUAUUCAUUUUCUUGAGAGAAAUAUUUAUGAAAAAAUAAAUAAAUAUGUUUCUGAAGACAAUGAGUAUUGAGAAAAAAUAUUUUUUUUUCUCCGUGAGGAUGCAAUUUUUAUCACUUCUGAGCCAUCGCAAUUUCUUGAUUUGAAAUAAGUCAGUUUAACAUUCAGUAAGUUUUUCAAUGCUCACAUCAUUUUAUUUUUCAAUUAUUUUUUUUCAUUAAUUAGGAGAAAACAGCGAGGCAGGGAGUACCGGCAUCGUUAAUGAGAGAUAAUGGAAGUUGUGGGGGAGAUGGUGGUACUCUCUACCCCCCCGUACCCGAAAUACGAACGAAUAAAAUCCCAUUGUGAUCGGAGUAUUUAAAUAAUGAUAUACGUAUAAUUUAAAUGAUAAUGCAAGUUAAUGUGGAUAAGGAAUUUACAAAAAAUUCUUAUCGUAAUUUGUACAUUGUACGUAAUUGAGUGGAUCUGUCAAGCACCUUUAUCCGGCAACUACACCGUAUUAUAUCACAAUUGUGGUGUUUAUACCUGUUUGUUGCACUCAAUUAUGAUUUUUUGAAACAGAAUUAACAUUGGAAAAAUUAUGAAUAAAAUCAUUAAUUUUCAAGGA